AUGUGGAGAUUCUGCCUCUCCCGGCUCCCGCCUGGUACAAGGCGUCUCGCACAAUCCGGUCGCUCAACACGUGUCGCCACGUCGUCCCUUUAUCACCACGCGUCACGCCACGACGACGCAUCCACUGCGUCUUCCACGUCAGCAGCGCAUCCUGACGCCUCUUCACAUCUGCAAAGUUCACAGCCGCCCUAUGCCUCCCUUCAGCAGCUGCCGCUGCAGCCUCGCCAGCCUUAUUCUCGUCAGCCGCCUUUUCAGCCACACCAGCGGCGGUGGUUGUCGGACUCGGCUGGUCAACUCGAGAUUCCUAAAGAGAAGCUCUUCUCCAAGGUGCUGGUGGCGAACAGGGGGGAGAUAGCAUGCCGAGUGAUGAAGACGGCGCGGGCACUGGGCAUUCGCAGUGUGGCCAUCUAUUCUGAGCCGGACGUGGAGAGCCUGCACGUCCGCAUGGCGGAUGAAGCCGUCUGUGUGGGCCCAGCACCAACAGCGCAGAGCUAUCUGAACAUGGAUGCUGUGCUGGACGCGAUUAGAAGCACAGGGGCUGACGCGGUGCACCCCGGAUACGGGUUCCUGUCAGAGAAUGCCCUGUUUGUGGAGCGGCUGGAUGAGGAGGGCGUGACGUUCGUGGGGCCCAACUUGAACGCCAUUGACGCCAUGGGGGACAAGAUUCACAGCAAGCGGUUGGCGAAAGAGGCCAAGGUGAACACCAUUCCAGGGAAGGAGGACGUUAUCAGGGACGAGGACCAUGCGGUUGAGAUCGCGCAAGAGGUGGGCUUCCCAGUCAUGCUCAAGGCGUCUGGCGGUGGAGGAGGCAAGGGCAUGCGGGUGGCAUGGAAUGAGAAGGAGGUGCGGGAGCAGUUCAGCGUGUGCAAGGCAGAGGUGGCUUCCAGCUUUGCUGAUGACCGCAUCUUCGUGGAAAGGUUCAUAGACAAGCCAAGGCACAUCGAAGUGCAGGUCAUGGGGGAUAAGCAUGGCAAUGUGGUGUGGCUACCAGAGAGAGAAUGCUCCAUCCAGAGGCGAAACCAAAAGGUGAUAGAGGAGUCGCCCAGCACGUUUCUGGACGAGGCAACGAGGGAGGCCAUGGGCGAGCAGGCUGUGUCGCUGGCCAAGGCUGUCAACUACGACUCCGCUGGCACUGUUGAGUUCCUAGUGGACGCCCAGAGGAAUUUCUUCUUUCUGGAGAUGAACACGCGCCUGCAGGUGGAGCAUCCGGUCACAGAGUGCGUCACGGGUCUCGACCUCGUGCACCUCAUGUUCCACUCCGCUGCCGGCCAUACGCUGCCCAUAGACCAGAAGAGGGCAAGGAAGAUCCACGGGUGGGCGUUGGAGUCUCGGGUUUACUGCGAGCAUCCCUUCAUGAACUUCCUCCCCUCCACAGGCAAGCUGCGCAGGUAUCGCGAGCCCAAGGAGGUGCGGACGCCGACUGAAGUCGUGCGGCUGGACACAGGGGCGGUGGAGGGGCAGUACAUCUCCAUGUACUAUGACCCACUGCUCUCUAAGCUAAUCACGUGGGGACCAACGAGAAAGGAUGCCCUGGAGUCCAUGAAGCACGCCUUGGAUCGUUAUUAUGUGUGUGGGCCGUUCAACAACAUCUCCUUCCUCCGCUGCAUCUUCUCACAGCCGGCGUUUGAGUCUGGCGAUAUCAGCACCAAGUUCCUGGACAUCCACUAUCCGAAUGGUUUCACGGAUGACCGACUGACGCCCAGAGAGGAGAAAGAGGUUGCAGCCAUUGCUGCCUUUCUUGAAAUAGUCAAGUCCCGGAGAUCUCUGCUAGCUGUCAACGCUGCCGCCCCCGGCACGCCCGGCGCAAUAGGAAACGGACACCUGGCGCAUGCCGGUUGGGUGGAGGAGGAGGGAGAGGGGGGAGGCGAGGAGGGGGAGGAGGAUGGGGGGGAGGGGCUGAGGGGGAAGGCGGAGCUGGUGGUGAGUUCGGAUGGGGUGGAGCAUGCUGUGGUGGUGCGGCACUGGAGCAAUGAGAAGAAGCCACACCUCUGUGUUGCGGCGGAGCUGGUGGUGAGUUCAGAUGGGGAGGAGCAUGAUGUGGUGGUGCGGCAUUGGAGCAAUGAGAAGAAGCCGCACCUCUGUGUUGCGGAUAUCGAGGUGGGGGGGGAGGUGAUCCGGGUGGAGGAGGUGGUGCCAGCAGGGUUGGGGCGGGGGGUGGUGGAUAUCCGAGUGGAUGGGGAGGACACCGUGUGCAUGGUCAUGGAGAAACACGCAAGAGGGUUCAAGCUUGUGUAUGACGGCUGCACCAAGGACGAAGUGCUGGUGCAUCAAAAGAAGGUGGCUCCUCUACAGAAGUACAUGCCACCCAAGAAGGUUCAAGAUGUCUCCAAGAUGGUCAAGGCUCCUAUGCCUGGUGCAGUGGUCGCAAUCGGUGUCAAGCCAAACAAGAAGGUGCUUCCUGGUGAUGAGCUGAUAACGAUCGAAGCCAUGAAGAUGCGCAACGUGCUGCGUGCUGAGGAGGCAGCCACUGUAAAGGCUGUAUAUGUGAAGUCUGACAGCGAGUCCGAGGAGGAGGAGGAAGAAGUCGAAGAGGAAGAGUCGGAGGAGGAAGAAGACGAGGCCCCCAAGGCCGCCGGCGAUGCCGGGCGAGCGUCGAUCUACCUGCGACAGGGCGACAGCGACAGCGAGGACAGCGACGACGGUCGCGCGCGCGUCGUUCGGCCGGCCCGCGAGAAGCGGUACGACGAGAUGGUGUCGACGGUGGAGCAGAUUAAGAACCAGAUGAAGAUUAACGACUGGGUCGCUCUGCAGGAGAGCUUUGAGAAGCUGAACAAGCAGCUUGAGAAAGUGCUGCGCCUGAUCGAAUCCUCCGUGCCCCCGCGGCCGUACAUUAAGGGUGUCGUGCUGCUGGAAGACCACCUGAACGCCGCUUUAACGAACAAAGAGGCGAAGAAAAAGAUGAGCAGCAGCAACGCCAAGGCUCUGAAUUACAUGAAGCAGAAGCUGAAGAAGAAUAAUAAGCUGUACGAGGCCGUUAUUGAGAAGUUCCGGGCGAGUCCUGAGUCGGAAGAGGAGGAGGAGGACGACGACGAGGAGGAAGAGGAGGAUGAGGACGAGGAGGAGGAUGAGGAGGGGGUGGAAGAUCCAUUGGAUAGAAAGGGAGGGGAUGAGGAGGAGGAGGGAGGGGAAGGGUGGGAGACGCAGAAGAGCAAGAAGGACCGGGCGAUGGAGAAGCAGUUUCAGAGGGAUCAUAGCGAGAUUAAGUGGGAGGAGGUGAAUCAGAAGCUUAAGGAGAUUAUUGCGGCUAGGGGUCGCAAGGGGACGGAUAGGGUGGAGCAGGUGGAGCAGCUGACUUACCUGGCUAAAGUCGCAAAAACCCCGGCGCAGAAACUGGAGGUCAUGAUGCAGGUGGUGUCCGCGCAGUUCGACGUUUCGCAGAAUCUUCACCUGCAUCUGCCCGUCCCCGUUUGGAGGAAAUGCGCGGAGAAUAUAAUGACGAUUCUCGACAUUCUCGAGGGAAACCACAACAUUGUCCUGGACGAGAAUUACGAGGUGGUGGAGGACGAUAACGAGACGCAGAAAGGCGCGGAUUUCGAGGGGAAGAUCCGGGUGUGGGGAUCGGUGGUGUCGUUUGUAGAGCGUAUGGAUGAUGAGCUGUUUAAGAGCCUGCAAUGCACGGAUCCGUACACUAAGACGUACUUAGAGCGGCUUAAGGACGAGCCGACGCUGCUCGCGCUGGCUCAGAACGCGCAAGCGUACGCGCUGCGCGUGGGCGACACCAAGGGCGCGUCGCGUGCGGCUCGUCGCCUGUGCGAGCACAUCUACUACAAGCCUCAGCUCUCGUUUUGCCCCUCCUUCCCUCGUUCUUCCUCUCCCUCCGCUUUCAUCAUUCCCCCUCUUUCCCCUCUUCGUAUCCAUAUCUGCAUGCCAUCGCUCCCCAUCGCUCCCCGUGCACCCCCCUCGCUCCCCCUCGCUCGCGUUGCACCCAAUCGCGUCCCCACAGAACGUGCGCUGCUGGCGGUGGUGUACGCGCACGGGGAGGAGCGCAGCAAGGCGCGCGCGAUGCUGUGCGACAUCUACCACCACGCGAUCAACGACGAGUACCACACGGCGCGCGACCUCAUGCUCAUCUCCCACCUCCAGGACGCGGUGCAGCAGAUGGACAUCAGGACGCAGAUCCUCUUCAACCGCGCCAUGGCCCCUUGUGAGGCGGACGCGGUGCAGCAGAUGGACAUCAGCACGCAGAUCCUCUUCAACCGCGCCAUGGCGCAGCUCGGUCUUGCCGCCUUCCGCAGGGGGCUCAUCCCGGACGCCCACAGCUGCCUCGCCGACCUCUUCGCUGGCGGCCGCGUGAAGGAGCUGCUCGCACAGGGCGUCUCCCAGUCUCGGUUCCACGAGAAGACCCCCGAGCAGGAGCGCGUGGAGCGGCGCCGGCAGAUGCCGUACCACAUGCACGUGAAUCUGGAGCUGCUGGAGGCCGUGCAUCUGCUGUGCGCCAUGCUGCUCGAGGUGCCUUCGCUGGCCGCGCACUCCACGGAUGGGCGCAGGAGGGUGAUUUCGAAGAAUUUCCGCCGGCUGCUCGAUAUGUACGAGCGCCAGACGUUCACCGGCCCCCCUGGUGAGUGCUUGUCCCCCUCCCCCUCCUCCCCCCCUGCUCCCCACGUGGGGGAGUGUGAGGGAGAGUACGGGGUUGAGUGGGGGGGUGCAGAUGCCGUACCACAUGCAUGUGAAUCUGGAGCUGCUGGAGGCGGUGCAUCUGCUGUGCGCCAUGCCAUGCUGCUUUGCUGUGCGGCGACUGGCAGCGCGCCGUGCAGCUGGCAGAGGCAGCUGCUGGACGUGUGGAAGCUGCUUCCGCUCCAACCCUCCCCUUCUUUCCUUCCCCCCUCCUCGUCCCCCCCCAACGUUGUCGUUGCCUUGUCCAGAGAACGCGCUGGACGUGUGGAAGCUGCUGCCUCCUUACCGCAACCCUUUGUCUUCCCCCCGUUUCCAUCCCUCCGUACAGAGAACGUGAGGGACCACGUGAUGGCAGCAUCCCGCGCUCUCAUGUGCGGCGGCUGGCAGUGGGCCGUGCAGCUGGCAGAGGCGCUGGACGUGUGGAAGCUGCUGCCUCAACCCCCCUCUUUCCUCUCUUUGCCCGUCCUCCCCCUCUUCUCUCUCUUUGCAGAGAACGUGAGGGAUCACGUCAUGGCAGCAUCACGCGCACUCAUGUGUGGCGACUGGCAGCGGGCCGUGCAGCUGUCAGAGGCGCUGGACGUGUGGAAGCUGCUGCCGGUGGCGCAGAGGGAAUCCGUGCUGGGGAUGCUGCGGGGCAAGAUCCAGCAGGAGGCCUUGCGGACGUUCCUCUUCAAUGCGUCUUCUACUUAUGCCUCAAUCAGUCUCGACCAGCUCACACAGAUGUUUGGCAUGACGGAGAAGGCAGUGACAGGGGUUGCCAGCCGCAUGAUGAUGAACGAGGAGAUCAGCGCCAGCUGGGACCAGCCCUCCAAGUGCAUCGUGGUCAACGCGGUCAACCCCACGCGCCUGCAGCACCUCGCCCUCCAGUACGCGGAUAAGCUAUCAGUUCUCGUGGAGGGCAAUGAGCGGGCCUUUUCUGAGAAGACUGGCGGCAUGACGAUCGAAGGCGCAGGGGGAGAGAGAGGCGGGGGCAGGCGGGGCAAGGACGGCGGCGGGGACUAUGGGGGGGGACGCAGGGACGAUUACGGUGGUGGGGGCGGGGAGCGGUACGGGAGAGGGGGAGGACGAGGUGGGUAUGGCGGCCGAGGGGGAGGGAGAGGAGGAUGGGGAGGCGGUGGAGGUGGUGGUGGUGGGGGCGGAAGAGGGGGGUACAGAGGGGGAGAUGGGGGAGGAAGGGGAGGGCGUGGGGGCAGGGGAGGGUACAGAGGAGGGGAUGGAGGAGGAAGGGGAGGAAGGGGUGGUGGCGGUGGUGGUGGUGGUGACGCCAGUAGGCGCAGGGGGGGGAGAGAGGCAGGGGCAGGCAGGGCAAGGACGGAGGCGGGGACUACGGGGGCGGGAGCAGGGAUGACUAUGGUGGUGGGGUUGGGGAGCGGUACGGGAGAGGGGGGGGACGAGGUGGGUAUGGGGGGCGAGGGGGAGGGAGAGGAGGAUGAGGAGGCGGGUGGGGAGGAGGUGGUGGGGGCGGGAGAGGGGGGUAUAGAGAGGGCGAUAGGGGAGGAAGGGGAGGACGUGGAGGCAGGGGGGGUUAUAGAGGGGGCGAUGGUGGAGGGAGGGGAGGAAGGGGUGGUGGUGGCGGUGGUGGUGGUGGGGAUGCUAGCAGGCGAGCGGAGGCGCGGCGGGGCGAGCGGAGGCGCGGCGAGGCGAGCGGAGGCGAGGCGAGGCGAGCGUUGGCGCGGCGAGGCGAGCGGAGGCUCGGCGAGGCUAGCGGAGGCGCGGCGAGGCGAACAGAGGCGCGACGAGGGGAGCAGAGGCGCGGUGAGGCAAGCGGAGGCGAGGCGAGGCGAGCGGAGGCGCGGCGAGGCGAGCGGAGGCGCGGCGAGGCGAGCGGAGGCGCGGCGGGGCGAGCGGAGGCGCGACGAGGCAAGCGGAGCCGCGACGAGGGGAGGCUCCCAGAAACGAUGGGGCGCGGCGAUAGGAGAUGCAACGACUGGAGGCGAGGCACAACAAGUUUGUGUAUGCGCGGGUGAAGUUCCUAAGUUCUGCGUAUUUUACUAG